AUGGUGUCGGUCGAUUGGCUGGACGCCUGGGAUGACUGUUUGAACUUCUUUCACGGCAAAAGUCCGUACCACACGACGAGGUAUACGAAGCUAUCGCACUUUACAAGGAACCAGCGCGUCGGAUGGAAGCUGUCGUGUGCUCUUGGCAUAUUUGUCGGCUGUGUCUUUUUCCAGUGUUUGGGGCUGGCGUGGGAAGGCGAAUUUAGUGACGGACGAGAACAGACACCACCGCUCUUAUUGUUCGGUCCAAUGUCAGCAUUGUAUUCCGUCAUUGCAAUGUGGAUAGCAGCUGUGCAUCUUUACCAACCGACGUUCAAUGGACCUCGGAUCCUUUUGCAUUAUCGACGACCGUCUGCAUGCUCGUGGGAGAUCCUCGACUGGGUCUUCUUUGAGGGAUCGACGACGUCUGCUGUCGUGGCAUUCGUCUUCUUCUGGGUCGUGACGUUGCCAUACUCGCACAUUUCACUGCCGGGUCUUCACGUGAUCGGGAACGUGCUGCAUCUGGCAAUAGUGGGCGUGGACUUUUACUUUACAGCACCGCGGUUUAAAGCCAACCAUGUGUUUCUAGUGCUCAUGUGGCCCGUGUUCUGGAUCUUGAUCCAGUUCUUGUGGGUUAUCAGCGGACACCAACCGAGCGACGACCUGUUCAACUUUCACUCGACGGCGUCGCCCGUAUCGACGCUCGUGCUGUUCGUAGGCACAGCGCUGAUCUUCUACCUCCUGGCCUGGUACUCACGACACUUGCAUCGCAGUUCAGAUCGCGCUGAUGCCAGUGCUCUUGCUUCUGGUGGUAUCAACUCGGACAAAAGCUCGAGCACGUCGACUCCGUAUUGCGACAAACAAAGUACUGCACCCUUCGAUCGAAUCAUGGAUUCCCACCCAGCCAAUAGCUCAUCAUAUGACCGAAAGUCUCAAUCGAUGCAAGCAGGUGCUCGACAUGUAGCCAUGAAAUAA